AUGAUCCAGGCAAUCCAUACAGUGAUUCAAAAGCGCAGGGAUAAGCCGGGCGACUCCCGCCCUGACCUGCUGCAACAUCUGAUCAAUGAAGGCAACAGGCCUGAUAACGGGCAAAGGAUGACGACCAGAGAUAUUAUAGACCAGAUGUCCGAGCUGCUUCUCGCUGGGUCCGAAACGACUUCAGGAACGAUCGCAUGCUUAUUUUUGGAGCUCAUCCGGAACCCUGAAGUGAAAGAGAGGCUCCUGGCUACUUUACCAGUCUUAUCGCCAAAUGACCCCAUCAUUGAUGGCAAGUUCGUUCGAUCCAAUUCCAGAUUUUUGUACCUUAGUGCGUGUAUCAAGGAAACUCUUCGCCUUCAUCCCAUCGCUUCUGAAAUGGGGCGUCAAACGGGCAAAGAUUGGGUGUCGCUCAUGGGCUACAAUCUUCCCCCCCAUACGGUUGUUUCCGCAUCUUACAGACAUCUCCACCGUGACUCUGAUAUCUGGGACAAACCCCUCCACUUCUACCCUGAAAGAUGGAUAGGGCAGGACAAGGAAAAUGAAGUUCCACACCCAGAUCUGCAAGCAUACUAUCCCUUUUCUGCAGGAAAACACAGCUGUAUCGGCAUCAAUUUUGCAUGGAAUGAAAUGAGAAUGGUGGCUGCCAACCUGCUCUCUAGGUAUGACUUUACAGAAGUGCCAGGCCAGGAGGUCGAGUAUCGCCAGUAUAUCACGAUGCAAUUCAAGACAGGGUCUUGGAAGGUCUCGGUCAAGCCACGGUAUUAG